AAUUAAAGUGUCCUGUGAGCCUGUGACUCCUGUCUUCACCUUGUAGCCUUUUCCCUUUGUCCCUCCCUUCUCUCAUUAGUUCUGAGUUGUAGAGCACUAGAAAGGAGCUCAAUGGUCUGAGACUCCAAGCUAUUGGAUUCCUUCCUUCACAUCCAUCCAUGGCUUCUCUUCCCAUUUCGCCUUCCCAUCGCAUAGACGUGUUUUGGCACGAAGGAAUGCUCAAGCACGACGCAGGAACCGGCGUCUUCCAUUCGGCCAUGGAUCCAGGGUUCCUCGCUGUACUGGAAAAGCAUCCUGAAAAUUCAGAUCGGGUGAAGAACAUGGUCAGCAUCCUCAAAAAGGGCCCAAUCUCUCCCCAUAUCUCCUGGCAUACAGGAAGGCCCGCUAAGAUUCCUGAGUUGCACUCGUUUCACUCUCCAGAAUAUAUAACCGAACUUGUUCAAGCGGAUGAAGCUGGAGCUAAGAAACUCUGUUGGGGGACUUAUUUGAACCCUGGUUCUUGGGAUGCUUCUCUUCUUGCUGCUGGUACUGCACUAUCGGCAAUGAAGCAUAUACUUGAUGGGCAUGGAAAGAUUGCAUAUGCAUUAGUUCGUCCGCCUGGUCACCAUGCUCAGCCUACUCAAGCUGAUGGUUAUUGCUUCCUUAAUAAUGCUGGUCUUGCUGUUCAAUUGGCUUUAGACUCUGGUUGCAGAAGGGUUGUAACUAUUGACAUUGAUGUCCAUUCCGGGAAUGGUACUGCAGAGGGGUUUUAUCGUUCGGAUGAUGUUCUUACAAUUUCUCUUCAUAUGAAUCAUGGUUCAUGGGGUCCAUCGCAUCCGCAGCGUGGGUCAGUUGAUGAGCUUGGUGAAGGUAAAGGGUUGGGCUUUAAUCUAAAUAUACCUCUACCUAAUGGAACUGGUGAUCUGGGUUAUGAGUAUGCCAUGAAUGAAUUGGUUGUCCCUGCUAUUCACAAGUUUGAGCCGGAAAUGAUUGUUAUGAUUAUCGGCCAAGAUUCUAGUGCUUUUGAUCCCAAUGGAAGGCAGUGCUUAACAAUGGAGGGCUAUCGGGAGAUUGGGCGGAUAGUGCGUAAACUGGCUGAUAAGCACAGCAAUGGAUGCAUCCUGAUUGUCCAGGAAGGUGGAUACCAUAUUACAUAUUCAGCAUACUGUCUGCAUGCGACGCUCGAAGGUGUUCUCAAUCUCCCACUUGCUCUUUUAUCUGAUCCCAUUGCUUAUUAUCCAGAAGAUGAGGCCUUAGCAUCCAAAGUUGUUGACUCCAUCAAGCGAUACUGGAAAGAUCUUGUACCACUUUUUGUAGAAGAUUAAUCAAUUAGGUAUGUUCUCUCUUUUCAUGUGAGUAAGUUCCUUCCAUUUUGUGAAAUUGCCACUCAAAUGGAUAAAGUUUGAUUGUAUAUAUAUAAAAUAAGGAAGAAAUGCUCAGUGGUCUCUUGCCCUGCUAUAUUGUAGUUUCUGAAAUGGUCAAAGAAAAAUUUGGUAUUGCACUUGAUUUGAUUACAAUGGAAGUGAUAUUUAUGUUUAAAA